AUGACGGCUAAGUCAGAGGAAGCCAUCUGCAGCGUCGCGGCUCUCGCUACCCAACUGGGCAAUCAGAUCUCCGUGCACAUGCUCAAGUAUAUCAGCACUACCAAAGACCUACCCGACGGUUUUCGCGAGCUUUCCCAUACGUUCCUCGAUACCUGUCGUACACUGUGGGCCAUUGAAGCCGGAGUGACCGAAUUAGCCGCCGCCAAUCGCGCCCUGCCCGAGGUGAUAAUUGAAGAGGUGGAAAAGAAAUUUGUUUCCACUUACCGCGACUUUCAACAACUUGACAAGGUCAUUUUGAAACUUGUUCAUUAUGAGCAUCGCGGGACACUGGGAAAGCUGCAGCGAGGAUGGCAUCGACCCGGCCAUGAACUCAGCCGCAUUCACGAGUCACUGAAGAAGGCCACCGAAACCCUUCGGAUCAGCGGCAUGGCCUUCCAUUGGUCCCUCGGAGACGCACACCCAGAAGAGUCAGUAGGCACUGGGUAUGCAGGCUUAGCUGCUGCGCUCGACCGCGUAUCUAAAGGCCGCUCCGUGAUGGGCAUAAACAAGGCCAAGACUUUUGAAUCUGAGCGGUCCGUACCAUCGAUCCAAAGUCAGUUGCCUGAUUCAAUGCGGUCGACACCAUCCGUGCCUCCGAAGGAAUCAUUCACCGCCGCCCGACCCAGCCAAGGCCUUCGUCAACAAGAUCCUGAAAUUAACACGGAUGAUAUGUCCUCCGUCCUAUCUCUGAACGGCUAUUCCGAGCCCGAUUCCGCCAGCGCCAGGCUAACGCAGACUCUGCUCGCCCAUGGCGUCAAUCUGGAAGAUGAGACGCGCAAUGGCACAACGUUACUGAUCGAAGCAAUUCGCAAGCGAGCACCGCAGCAAGCCAUCGAAACCUUGCUCAAUUCCGGCUGUGACCCCAACCGCAAAGACGACCACGGCAAGACAGCGCUAUGCGAAGCCGUACAAAGCGACCAACCAGCCAUCGUGACCACUCUAUUAAAUCAGGACGCGAAUCCAAACAUGCCAGGACCUGAACACGUCCUCUGGUCCGCCGUCCACCGCCCAGGCUGCCUGCGCAUCCUGCUCGCGCGCGGCGCUGACGUUCGAAAGACUCCUGGCCUGAUGGAGCAGGCGACAAAGAUGCUAGGCUGGUUACUAGCGCAUGGUGCCGAUCCCAACCUACGCGGCCAAGACUGGCCCGUGUAUAUGGCGACUCAGUCGCCGAGCAUGCUACGGCUCCUGCUACCCAGCAUAACAGACCUAUCCGCGCACAAGGGCGUCAUGGAGAAAGCAGUUCAAGCCAACCAACUAGAAAACGUCAAACUACUCCUCGCCGCCGGCGCCAAUGUAGAGUGGAAAAACGGCGGCGUGUUCUCACCGCUGACGACAGCGCUGCGCGAGCGCUACUGGGUCAUUGUGCGUUAUCUUUUGGACGAGGCUGGUGCCGACCCCAAUGCUCCUGGUGAACAUCUGCCUCUCGUCAAGGCGAUAAGACGAUGCGACGAUGCUACUCCUGGAAAGGGGGCUGACCCAAAUAAAUGCUAUCGCGACUGGAACGCUAUCAUGCAGGCCAUUGAAGACCGCGAUCUCCGGUUGCUGCAGCUCUUGAUCGAGAAGGGCGGUCGGGCUAAUCUUGCUCAGAAAGACGAGAUGGACAAGACAGUCUUGGAUAUGGCCAAUUCGUCUGGUUGGCUGGAAGGGACUGAGGUUCUGUUAAAUAAUGCUCAUCAGUGA